CAGCUACCCUGGAAAGGCUCCCGCUUACUGGCCCUCACUCUUAAGUUUGGGCAAGAGAGGGGUGGGAGGGAGGGGAGCACCAUCCAGACAGAAGUUCAAGGCUGGAAGACCCCAUCAGUCAUUUAGCCCAGGAGCUCUUAACCUUUUCAUGGGGUCAUGGCCCUCUUGAGAAUCUAAUAAUAAAACUUACAGAACUGUCUUCAGAAAAAUGUGCACAUACAAUUUCAAAGAAUGACUGGAGUCUGAGUCCCAUCUGUGCAUUCCUGGGAAGUCCCUGAAAUUUUUACUGGGAAGGAAAUUGGGGCCCAGAAAGGGAGGGUGGCUUGCCCAGAGCCCCUUGUUAAUUUGUGGUAGUGCUGGAGAAUGUGAAAAUACACACACACACACACACACACACACAGAGAGAGAGAGAGAGAGAGAGAGAGAGAGAGAGAAACAGACACCCUGGGAGGGGGUGGGAAGUGGGAAGGAGACUGUUUCCAGGGAGAGCUGGCCUCUGAGAGCUGGUGUGGCAGGUCCAAUCCAGUUGUGGGCAGCUGGUGCCCUGGAGCAUGAGGCUAGAAUAAAGCCUCCCCAGCCCUCAGGACUGGCCACUGGGCUUCGGGGAGGCUGCAUGGGGCAGGAGAGAGCGGCACUGGCCUUUCCGUGCCCUCUGCAGCGUCGCCUCUCUCAAGCCCAAGCCUCACGUUCCCCAAAUGUGCUCCAGGGGUGAGGGCACCAUGGUGCUCCUUGCCCUCCUCUUUGGGAUGGCGUUGGCCCUGGCUGAUGGGCGGUGGUGUGAGUGGACGGAGAGCAUCCGUGUGGAGGAGGAAGUAGCACCCCGUCAGGAGGAACUGGUGCCCUGUGCUAGCCUCGAUCAUUACAGCCGCCUGGGCUGGCUACUGGACCUGCCCUGGAGUGGCCGCGCAGGGCUUACCCGGUCCCCAGCGCCUGGGCUCUGUCCUAUCUACAAACCCCCAGAAACCCGGCCUGCCACAUGGAACCGGACAGUGAGGGCUUGCUGCCCAGGCUGGGGGGGUGCCCACUGCACUGAGGCCCUCACCGAAGCCAGUCGUGAAGGCCACUGCUUUGCCAUGUGGCAGUGCCAGCUACAGGCAGGCUCAGCCAAUGCCUCAGCAGGAAGCCUGGAGGAGUGCUGUGCCCGGCCCUGGGGACGAAGCUGGCAGGAUGGCAGCUCCCAGGCCUGCCUCAGCUGCCCCAACCGACACCUGCCAGGCAGUGCCUCUUCUCCAGCCCCCCUGCAGCCCCUGGCAGGGGCCGUGGGCCAGCUGUGGAGCCAGCACCAGCAUCCCUCGGCCACCUGCGCCUCCUGGUCUGGCUUCCACUACCGCACCUUUGAUGGACGCCACUACCACUUCCUGGGCCGCUGCACCUACCUGCUGGCGGGUGCUGCAGACUCCACUUGGGCUGUCCACCUCAGACCCUGGGACCGCUGCCCCCAGCCGGGACACUGUCAGCUGGUCCAGGUGACGAUGGGACGCGAGGAGGUGCUGAUCCAGGCUGGAAAUGUGUCUGUGAAGGGACAGCUGGUACCUGAAGGGCAGUCUUGGCUGCUCCACGGGCUGAGCCUGCAGUGGCUGGGGGACUGGCUGGUGCUGUCAGGGGGCCUGGGGGUCGUGGUGCGGCUGGAUAGGGCUGGCUCCAUCUCCAUCUCUGUGGACCACGAGCUCUGGGGACAGACGCAAGGCCUCUGUGGGCUCUACAAUGGCCAGCCAGAGGAUGACUUCAUGGAGCCAGGCGGAGGGCUGGCCAUGUUAGCAGCCACCUUUGGAAAUUCCUGGAGGCUCCCUGACUCAGAGCCUGGGUGUCUGGAUGCAGUGGAGGUGGCCAAGGGCUGUGACGGCCCCUUGAGGCUCACAGAGGCAGACGUGGAGCCUGGCCAUUUGCGGGCUGAAGCCCAGGAUGUGUGCCAUCAGCUGCUGGAAGGUCCAUUCGGGCAGUGCCAUGCCCAGGUUUCCCCUGCUGAGUACCACGAGGCCUGCCUCUUUGCCUACUGCGCAGGGGCCCUGAUGGGCGGUGGGCAAGAGGGGCGGCGGCAGGCUGUGUGUACCACCUUUGCCAGCUACGCCCAGGCCUGUGCCAGGCGGCACAUCCACAUUCGCUGGAGGAAGCCUGGCUUCUGUGAGCGCCUGUGCCCCGGGGGCCAGAUCUACUCCGACUGCGUCUCCCUCUGCCCACCCAGCUGUGAGACAGUGGGUCAGGGAGAGGAGGAGUCCUGCGGGGAAGAGUGUGUGAGCGGCUGUGAGUGCCCUCGAGGCCUCUUCUGGAACGGCACCCUCUGUGUGCCUGCCGCCCAGUGCCCCUGCUACUACCACCGCCAGCGCUACGCACCCCAUGACACGGUGCACCAGCUGUGUAACCCCUGCGUGUGCAGGGAUGGCCACUGGCACUGCGCCCAGGCCCUGUGCCCCGCCGAGUGUGCCUUGGGCGGGGAUGGGCACUACCGCACCUUCGACGGGCGGAGCUUCUCCUUCCGGGGCCAUCAAGGUUGCCACUACAGCCUGGUGCAGGACUAUGUGAAGGGACAGCUACUGAUCCUGCUGGAGCAUGGGGCCUGCGAGGCUGGGAGCUGCCUCCACGCCAUCUCGGUCUCCCUGGAGGACACCCACAUCCAGCUCAGGGACUCAGGAGCUGUGCUGGUCAAUGGGCAGGACGUGGGCUUGCCCUGGAUUGGCACUGAGGGCCUCAGUGUGCGCCGAGCUUCCUCCUCCUUCCUGCUGCUGCGCUGGCCUGGGGCCCAGGUGCUCUGGGGACUGUCUGACCCUGCAGCCUACAUCACCCUGGACCCCCGCCAUGCCCACCAGGUGCAGGGUCUGUGUGGCACCUUCACCCAGAACCAGCAGGAUGACUUCCUGACACCAGCCGGGGAUGUGGAAACUAGCAUUGCCGACUUUGCUAGCAAGUUCCAGGUGGCCAGCAAGGGAAGAUGCCCCUCUGGGGACCGUGCCCUGCUCUCCCCAUGCACCACCCACUCCCAGCGCCAUGCCUUCGCAGAAGCAGCCUGUGCCGUCCUGCAUAGCCCUGUCUUCCAGGAAUGCCACGGGCUAGUGGACAGGGAGCCAUUCCAUCUGCGCUGCCUGGCAGCUGUGUGUGGCUGUGACCCUGGCAGGGACUGUCUGUGCCCAGUGCUGUCUGCCUAUGCACGUCGUUGUGCCCAGGAAGGUGCCUCAACUCCCUGGAGGAACCAGACCCUCUGCCCUGUUCUGUGUCCUGGUGGUCAGGAGUACCGAGAGUGUGCCCAAAUAUGCGGCCAACACUGCGGGGAGCCAGAGGACUGUGGGGAACUGGGCAGCUGUGUGGCCGGUUGUAACUGUCCUUCGGGGCUGCUGUGGGACCCUGAGGGCCAGUGUGUGCCCCCCAGCUUGUGCCCCUGCCAGCUUGGAGCCCGUCGCUAUGCCCCUGGCAGUGCCACCAUGAAGGACUGCAACCGCUGCAUCUGCCAGGAAAGGGGCCUCUGGAAUUGCACAGGUCGCCGCUGCCCCCCACAGCAGGCAUUCUGCCCCGGGGAGCUUGUCUAUGCCCCUGGUGCCUGCCUCCUCACCUGUGACAGCCCCAGCGCCAAUCACUCCUGCCCUGCAGGCAGUACUGAUGGCUGUGUCUGUCCAUCAGGCAUGGUGCUGCUGGAUGAGCGCUGUGUGCCUCCUGACCUCUGUCCCUGCCGUCACAGUGGGCAGUGGUACCUGCCCAACGCCACCAUCCAGGAAGACUGCAACGUUUGUGUGUGCCAGGGCCGGCAGUGGCACUGCACAGGUCAGCGUUGCAGUGGGCGGUGCCAGGCGUCAGGCGCCCCGCACUAUGUGACGUUUGACGGACUGGCCUUCACCUUUCCCGGAGCCUGCGAGUAUCUGCUGGUGCGAGAGGCCAGUGGCCUAUUCACAGUCUCUGCCCAGAACCUACCCUGUGGGGCCAGCGGUCUCACCUGCACCAAAGCGUUGGCCGUGCGUCUGGAGGGCACUGCUGUGCACAUGCUCAGAGGCCGGGCAGUGACAGUGAAUGGGGUGAGCGUGACGCCCCCUAAGGUCUACACGGGCCCUGGGCUGAGCCUGCGUCAUGCUGGCCUCUUCCUGCUGCUCUCGACCCGCCUGGGCCUCACGCUGCUCUGGGACGGAGGGACUCGGGUCCUGGUGCAGCUGUCCCCUCAGUUCCGUGGUCGCGUGGCUGGGCUGUGUGGCGACUUUGAUGGAGAUGCCAGUAAUGAUCUGCGAAGCCGCCAGGGCGUCCUGGAGCCCACGGCUGAACUGGCUGCCCACUCCUGGCGCCUCAGCCCCCUCUGCCCUGAGCCAGGAGAUCUGCCACACCCCUGCACGGUGAACACACACCGGGCUGGCUGGGCCAGGGCCCGCUGCGGGGUGCUGCUGCAGCCGCUCUUCAAAUCAUGCCAUGCAGAGGUACCCCCACAGCAGCACUAUGAGUGGUGCCUGUACGAUGCCUGCGGCUGCGACUCAGGGGGUGACUGUGAGUGCCUCUGCUCGGCCAUUGCCACCUAUGCAGACGAGUGCGCCCGGCAUGGGCACCACGUGCACUGGCGUAGCCAGGAGCUCUGCCCCCUGCAGUGUGAAGGGGGACAGGUGUAUGAGGCCUGUGGCCCCACGUGUCCCCCCACCUGCCAUGAGCAGCAUCCUGAGCCCGGGUGGCACUGCCAGGCGGUGGCCUGCGUGGAGGGCUGUUUCUGCCCUGAGGGGACUCUGUUGCAUGGAGAAGCCUGCUUGAAGCCAGCUUCCUGCCCCUGUGAGUGGGGCAGCAACUCCUUCCCACCGGGGUCUGUGCUGCAGAAGGACUGUGGGAACUGCACGUGCCAGGAAGGUCAGUGGCAUUGUGGGGGUGAUGGUGCCCACUGUGAGGAGCUGGUGCCUGGCUGUGCAGAGGGAGAGGUCAUGUGCCAAGUGAGUGGGCACUGUGUGCCCCAUGAGUGGCUUUGUGACAACCAGGACGACUGUGGUGAUGGCUCUGACGAGGAGGGUUGUGUCGCCCCAGGCUGUGGGGAGGGGAAGAUGGCUUGCAGCUCUGGCCAAUGUCUGCCCCUGGCCCUGCUCUGUGACGGUCAGGAUGACUGUGGAGAUGGCACGGAUGAGCAGGGCUGCCCAUGCCCACAGGGCUUGCUGGCCUGUGCCAAUGGACGCUGCCUGGCCCCAGCCCUGCUCUGUGAUGGACAUCCUGACUGUCCGGAUGCCGCCGACGAGGAGUCCUGUCUGGGGCAGGUGACUUGUGUCCCCGGGGAGGUGUCCUGUGUUGAUGGCACCUGCCUGGGAGCCAUCCAGCUGUGUGAUGGAACCUGGGACUGCCCAGAUGGAGCCGAUGAGGGGCCGGGACACUGCCCCCUCCCUUCUCUGCCCACGCCUCCUGCCGGCAUGGUGCCCAGCCCCUCCCCUGGCUCCCUGGACACUAUGCCAAGUCCCCUGGCCAGCGCCAGCCCUGCGCCGCCCUGCGGCCCCUUCGAGUUUCCGUGCGGCAGUGGCGAGUGCACCCCGCGGGGCUGGCGCUGCGACGAGGAAGAGGACUGCGCUGACAGCGACGAGCACGACUGCGGAGAGCCCUGCGCGCCGCACCUCGCACCCUGCGCCCGCCGCCCGCACUGCGUGUCCCCGGAGCAGCUUUGCGACGGCGUGCGGCAGUGUCCCGACGGCUCGGACGAGGGCCCCGACGCCUGCGGCUCCACCCAGCUACCUCCGUGCCCUGGCCUCUUUCCCUGUGGUGUGGCUCCAGGGUUGUGCCUGACCCCCAAGCAGCUCUGCGAUGGGAUCCCAGACUGUCCCCAGGGCGAGGAUGAGCUGGACUGUGGGGGCCUGCCAGCCCCAGGAGGCCCCAACAGGACAGGGCUUCCUUGCCCAGAAUACGCCUGCCCCAAUGGCACCUGCAUAGGCUUCCAGCUGGUGUGUGACUGGCAGCCUGACUGUGGAGGGCCAGGGCAAGCGGGCCCCUCCCCAGAAGAGCAGGGUUGUGGGGCUUGGGGCCCCUGGAGCCCGUGGGGACCCUGCAGCCGCACAUGUGGGCCGGGGGUGCAGGCCCGGAGCCGCCGCUGCGCCCCACCCGGCCUCCUGGUGCUGUGACACUGCCAGGGGCCAGAGCAGCAGUCUCAGGCCUGCUUUAUGGCAGCCUGCCCAGUGGAUGGUGAAUGGAGCGCCUGGUCCCCCUGGUCUCUGUGCUCUGAGCCGUGCAGGGGCACCAUGACGCGGCAGCGGCAGUGCCACCCACCCCAGAAUGGAGGCCUCACCUGCGCUGCCCUGCCUGGAGGCCCGCACAGUGCCCGCCAGACCAAGCCUUGCCCUCAGGACGGCUGCCUCAAUGCCACCUGCUCUGGGGAGCUGGUGUUCCGGCCCUGUGCCCCCUGCCCACUGACCUGUGAUGACAUCUCUGGUCAGGUCAUGUGCCCACCUGACCGGCCCUGCGGCAGCCCAGGCUGCUGGUGCCCAGAAGGGCAGGUGCUGGGCAGCGAGGGGUGGUGUGUAUGGCCCCGGCAGUGCCCCUGCCAGGUGGAUGGCACCCGCUACUGGCCUGGGCAGCGCAUCAAGGCUGACUGCCAGCUCUGCAUCUGCCAAGACGGGCGGCCCCGGCGCUGCCGACUCAACCCAGACUGCGCUGUGCACUGCGGUUGGUCCUCCUGGUCACCCUGGGCUGAGUGCCUGGGCCCCUGUGGAAGCCAGAGCAUCCAGUGGUCCUUCCGGAGCCCUAACAACCCCCGCCCCUCUGGCCGAGGUCGCCAGUGCCGUGGCAUCCACCGCAAGGCACGCAGGUGCCAGACGGAGCCCUGUGAGGGAUGUGAGCACCGGGGCCAGGUCCACCGUGUCGGGGAACGCUGGCGUGGGGGCCCCUGCAGGGUGUGCCAGUGUCUGUACAACCUCACCACACGCUGCUCACCCUACUGCCCGCUGGGCAGCUGUCCCCAGGGCUGGGUCUUGGUGGAGGGGACAGGAGAAUCAUGCUGCCACUGUGCCCUAGCUGAGAACCGGACAGUCCAGCCCAUGGCCACUCCCACCGCAGCUCCGGUCCCCAGUCCCCAGAUCAGAUUCCCUUUGGCCACUUACAUUCUGCCUCCGCUGGGAGACCCCUGCUAUUCUCCCCUGGGGCUGGCCAGACUGGCCGAUGGGAGUCCUCAUGCAUCGUCCCAGCAGCUGGAACACCCAACCUGGGCUGCCCUCCUGGGGGCUCCCACCCGGGGGCCUGGCCCUCAGGGAUGGCACGGUGGAGAGGAUGCUUAUGCCAAGUGGCACACCCGGCCCCAUUUCCUGCAGCUGGACCUGCUUCAGCCCCGGAACCUCACUGGCAUCAUAGUGCCAGAGACUGGCUCCUCCGACCCUUAUGCCACCAGCUUCUCACUCCAGUUCAGCAGCAGUGGUCUACACUGGCAUGACUAUCAUGACAUCCUGCCUGGCAUCUUGCCCCUGCCCAAGCUUCUCCCCAGAAACUGGGACGACCUGGACCCCACUGUAUGGACCUUUGGCCGGAUGGUGGAGGCGAGGUUUGUCAGGGUGCAGCCCCAUGAUGACCACCACAGCGAUGUCCCCCUGCGGGUGGAGCUGCUGGGCUGCGAGCCAGGGUCUCCACUGGCACCUCUGUGCCCAGAGGCUGGGCUCCGCUGUGCCAGUGGUGAGUGUACCCUGAGAGGGGGCCCAUGCAAUGGAGUUCUGGACUGUGAGGAUGGCUCGGACGAGGAGGGCUGUGUGCUGCCAUCUGAGGGCAUUAGCAGAGUCCAUUCCACAGCCAAGACCCUGGCCCUUUCCUCCGCCCAGCUGGGGCAGCUGCUGCACUGGCCUAGGGAGGGCCUGGCAGAGACUGAGCACUGGCCUCCCGGGCAGGAGUCCACAGCCCCAACAGAGACAAGGCCUGUGAGUCCUGGCCCAGCCUCCAGAGUACCUGACCAUGGGGAAUCUGUGCAGACAGUGACCACCACCCCCAUGUCCCAGAUGGAGGCCAGGACCCUGCCACCAGGAAUGGCAGCUGUGACAAUUCUGCCCCCACACCCAGUGACUCCAGUGACCCCUUCUGACCAGAGCGUCGCCCCAGGGCCCUUCCCACCUGUGCAGUGUGGCCCCGGCCAGAUGCCCUGCGAGGUGCUGGGCUGUGUGGAACAGGUGCAGGUGUGUGAUGGCAGGGAGGAUUGCCUCGACGGCUCCGAUGAGAGGCACUGUGCAAUCACUGUGCCCUUCACGGUGCCCACCACGGCCCUGCCUGGGCUUCCAGCCUCAAGGGCCCUCUGUUCCCCGAGCCAGCUGAGGUGUGGCAGUGGGGAGUGUCUGUCUGCUGAGCGGCGCUGUGACCUGCGGCCCGACUGCCAGGACGGCUCAGACGAGGAUGACUGUGUGGACUGUGUGCUGGCCCCCUGGUCUGGCUGGAGCAGCUGCAGUCGCACCUGUGGCCUGGGCCUCACCUUCCAGCACCAGCAGCUGCUGCGGCCUCCUCUGCCAGGAGGCAGCUGCCCUCGAGACCGGUUCCGAAGCCAGUCCUGCUUCGUGCAGGCCUGCCCAGUGGCUGGGGCGUGGGCAACGUGGGAGGCCUGGGGACCCUGCAGCGUCUCCUGCGGGGGUGGCCAUCAGAGUCGCUGGAGGAGCUGUGUGGACCCCCCACCCAAGAAUGGUGGUGCCCCCUGCCCCGGGCCCUCCCAAGAGAGGUCACCCUGCGGCCUGCAGCCCUGCUCUGGUGGCACAGACUGCGAGCUGGGCCGUGUGUAUGUGAGUGCUGAUCUGUGCCAGAAGGGGCUGGUGCCCCCAUGCCCACCUUCCUGCCUGGACCCCAAGGCCAACAGAAGCUGCAGUGGGCACUGUGUGGCAGGAUGCCGCUGCCCCCCAGGGCUCCUCCUGCAUGACACUCGCUGCCUGCCUCUCUCUGAGUGCCCCUGUCUGGUGGGCGAAGAGCUCAAGUGGCCAGGAGUGUCCUUCCUCCUGGCCAACUGCAGCCAAUGCGUGUGUGAGAAGGGAGAUUUGCUGUGCCAGCCAGGGGGCUGCCCCCUGCCCUGCGGCUGGUCUGCCUGGUCCACCUGGGCUCCCUGCGACCGCUCCUGUGGCUCUGGUGUGAGGGCCAGGUUCAGGUCUCCCUCCAACCCUCCGGCAGCCUGGGGGGGUGCCCCGUGUGAAGGCGACAGGCAGGAACUGCAGGGCUGCCACACAGAGUGUGGGACAGAGGUGCUGGGCUGGACGCCCUGGACUUCUUGGUCCUCCUGCUCCCAGAGCUGCCUUGCUCCCGGAGGGGGCCCUGGCUGGCGCAGUCGUUCCCGACUCUGCUCCAGCCCCGAGGACACAUCCUGCCCAGGAGAGGCCACCCAGGAGGAGCCCUGCAGCCCCCCUGUAUGCCCAGUGCCAAGCGUCUGGGGUCUGUGGGCUCCCUGGUCCACCUGCUCAGCUCCCUGUGAUGGCGGCAUCCAGACGCGUGGGCGCAGCUGCUCCACCAUGACUCCAGGGGACACCGCGUGCCCAGGACCCCACAGUCAGACCAGGGACUGCAACACACAGCCCUGCACAGCCCAGUGCCCAGAGAACAUGGUGUUCCGCUCAGCAGAGCAGUGUCGCCAGGAGGGGGUACCUUGCCCUCGGCUGUGCCUGACGCAGGGCCCCGGGAUAGAGUGUACAGGCUUCUGCACCCCUGGCUGCACCUGUCCCCCUGGUCUCUUCCUGCACAACGCUAGCUGCCUGCCCCGCAGCCAGUGCCCCUGCCAGCUGCAUGGGCAGCUCUAUGCACCAGGAGCGAUGGCUCUCCUGGACUCCUGCAACAACUGCACCUGUGUCUCUGGCGCAAUGGCAUGCACCUCGGAGCGCUGCCCAGUGGCCUGCGGCUGGAGUCCCUGGACCCCGUGGAGUCUCUGCAGCCGCAGCUGCAACGUGGGCAUUCGGCGCCGCUUCCGCGCAGGCACCGCACCUCCAGCUGCCUUUGGGGGUGCUGAGUGCCAGGGCCCCACCAUGGAGGCUGAAUUCUGCAGCCUGUGGCCAUGUCGAGGUCCUGGUGGGGAGUGGGGCCCUUGGUCUCCGUGCUCCGUGCCCUGUGGCGGUGGCUACAGGAACCGCACCCGUGGCAGUGGCCUGCACAGCCCCGUGGAGUUCUCCACCUGUGGCCUGUAGCCCUGUGCAGGGCCUGUGCCUGGCGUGUGUCCCAGCGGCAAGCAGUGGCUGGACUGUGCCCAGGGCCCUGCCUCCUGUGCAGAGCUCAGUGCCCCAAGAGGGACUAACCAGACCUGCCACCCUGGCUGCUACUGCCCCUCCGGGAUGCUUCUGCUGAACAACAUGUGUGUGCCCACCCAGGACUGCCCCUGUGCCCACAAGGGGCACCUCCACCCUCCGGGCAGCACUGUGGUUCGUCCAUGUGAAAACUGCUCCUGUGUCUCCGGGCUCAUUGUCAACUGCAGCUCCUGGCCUUGUGUGGAGGGUCAGCCAGCGUGGUCACCCUGGACCCCAUGGAGCCAGUGCUCAGCCUCCUGCAGCCCUGCCCGACGCCAUCGGCACCGAUUCUGUGCCAGGUCCCCCAGUGCAGCACCAGCCACCGUGGCUCCGCUGCCUCUGCCAGCCACCCCUACGCCUCUCUGCCCGGGGCCUGAGGCUGAGGAGGAGCCAUGUGUCCUGCUGGUGUGUGAUGGAGCUGGAGGCUGGGGUCCAUGGGGGCCCUGGUCCCACUGUAGCCGGAGCUGCGGAGGAGGCCUGCGGAGCCGGACCCGGGCCUGUGACCAGCCCCCACCCCAGGGCCUGGGGGAUUACUGCGAGGGGCCACGGGCCCAGGGGGAGGCCUGCCAGGCUCUGCCCUGCCCAGUGACCAACUGCACCGCUAUUGAGGGGGCUGAGUUCAGCCCCUGUGGCCCUCCAUGCCCUCGCUCCUGUGAUGACCUAGUGCACUGCGUGUGGCGCUGCCAGCCUGGCUGCUACUGCCCACCGGGCCAGGUGCUGAGUUCCAGCGGGGCCAUCUGCGUGCAGCCGGGUCACUGCGGCUGCCUGGACCUGCUCACCGGACAGCGGCACCUUCCGGGCGCUCGGCUGGCAAGGCCCGACGGUUGCAACCACUGCACCUGCCUGGAGGGGAGGCUGAACUGCACAGAUCUGCCCUGCCCAGUGCCCGGAGGCUGGUGCCCAUGGUCGGAGUGGACAGCAUGCUCCCAGCCCUGCAGGGGCCAGACCAGGAGCCGCUCCAGGGCCUGUGCAUGCCCUGCUCCCCAGCAUGGGGGUGCCCCGUGCCCCGGGCAGGCUGGAGAGGCAGGGGCCCAACAUCAGAGAGAGGCCUGCCCCAGCUCCACCAUGUGCCCAGUGGACGGAGCCUGGGGCCCAUGGGGACUGUGGUCUCCCUGCGACACGUGCCUGGGGCAGUCCCACAGGAGCCGGGCGUGCAGCCGGCCCCCCACCCCUGAGGGAGGGAGGCCCUGCCCUGGGGGCUACACGCAGAGUCGCCCUUGCCAGGACAAUUCCACCCAGUGCACAGACUGUGGGGGUGGCCAGAGCCUGCUCCCCUGUGGGCAGCCCUGCCCCCGCUCCUGCCAGGACCUGUCCCCCGGGAGUGUGUGCCAGCCAGGCUCUGCAGGCUGCCAGCCCAGCUGUGGGUGCCCCCCGGGCCAGCUCUCCCAGGAUGGGCUCUGCGUGCCCCCGGCCCACUGCCGCUGCCAGUACCAGCCUGGAGCCAUGGGGAUCCCUGAGAACCAGAGCCGGUCAGCAGGGUCUAGGCUCAGCUCUUGGGAGAGCCUGGAACCCGGCGAGGUGGUCACUGGGCCGUGUGACAACUGCACCUGUGUGGCAGGCAUUCUGCAAUGCCAGGAGGUGCCUGGCUGCCCAGAUCCUGGGGUGUGGAGCUCUUGGGGCCCCUGGGAGGACUGCAGUGUUUCAUGUGGGGGCGGGGAGCAGCUGCGCUCCCGGCGCUGUGCCCGUCCCCCCUGCCCAGGGCCUGCCCGCCAGAGCCGCAUAUGCAGCACACAGGUGUGCAGAGAGGCAGGCUGCCCGGCCGGCCGCCUGUACCGCGAGUGCCAGCCCGGCGAGGGAUGCCCCUUCUCCUGCGCCCACGUCAUGCGGCAGGUGGGCUGCUUCUCCGAGGGCUGCGAGGAGGGCUGCCACUGCCCCGAGGGCACCUUCCAGCACCGCCUGGCCUGUGUGCAGGAGUGCCCUUGUGUGCUGACAGCCUGGCUGCUGCAGGAGCUGGGAGCCGCCAGAGGUGACCCUGGUCAGUCCCUCAGGCCUGGAGAUGAGCUGCGCUCGGGCCAGACACUUCAUACAGGCUGUGGCAACUGCUCCUGUGCACAUGGGAAGCUGUCUUGCUCCCUGGAGGACUGCUUAGAGGCCGGUGGUGGUUUUGGUCCCUGGAGCCCGUGGGGUCGGUGCUCCCGCUCCUGUGGCGGGCUGGGCACCCGCACCCGCAGCCGCCAGUGUGUACUUCCCAUGGCUGCCUCCAGUGGUCAGGGCUGCCGUGGGCCCCGUCAGGACCUCGAGUACUGCCCCAGCCCAGACUGCCCUGGAGCUGAAGGGUCCACGGUGGAGCCAAUGACACGCCUUCCAGAUGGCUGGGGCCCAUGGUCCCCAUGGUCCCCCUGCUCCAGAAGCUGUACGGACCCCUCUCACCCUGCAUGGCGGAGCCGCACCCGACUUUGCCUGGCUAACUGCACCGUGGGGGACCCGUCACAGGAGCGCCCCUGCAACCUGCCCUCGUGCACAGAGCUGCCCCUGUGCCCCGGCCCUGGCUGUGGGGCUGGGAACUGUUCCUGGACCUCCUGGGCGCCGUGGGAACCUUGCUCCCGCAGCUGUGGGGUGGGCCAGCAGCGCCGCCUGCGGGCAUACCAUCCCCCUGGGCCUGGCGGGCACUGGUGCCCCGACAUCCUUACUGCCUACCAAGAGCGCCGCUUCUGCAAUCUGCGAGCCUGCCCAGUGCCUGGGGGCUGGUCACGCUGGAGCCCCUGGUCCUGGUGCGACCGCAGCUGUGGGGGAGGCCGGUCCCUGAGGAGCCGCAGCUGCUCGGGCCCCCCACCCAAGAACGGGGGUGCCGCCUGUGCUGGGGAGUGGCACCAGGCCCGGCUCUGCAAUUCCAUGCCUUGUGAGACCGGCUGCCCAGAAGGCAUGGAGGUGGUCACCUGUGCCAACCGCUGUCCCCACCGCUGCUCAGACCUCCAGGAGGGAAUCGUGUGUCAGAAUGACCAGGUCUGCCAGAGGGGCUGCCGCUGCCCCAAGGGAUCCCUGGAGCAGGAUGGCGGCUGCGUGCCAAUUGGGCACUGUGACUGCACUGAUGCCCAGGGCCACAGCUGGGCCCCAGGGAGCCAGCACCAGGAUGCCUGCAACAACUGCUCAUGCCACGCUGGGCGGCUCUCCUGCACGGCUCAGCCCUGCCCGCUUCCCUCCCACUGUGCCUGGAGCCGCUGGUCGGCCUGGAGUCCCUGCAGCCACUCAUGCGGGCCCGGAGGGCAGCAGAGCCGCUUCCGGUCCUCCUCAUCGGGCUCGUGGGCUCCAGAGUGUCGGGAGGAACAGUCCCAGAGCCAGCCCUGCCCUCAGUCCCCAUGCCCACCCCUGUGUCUGCAGGGCACUCAACCCCGCGCCCUGGGGGACAGCUGGCUGCAGGGGGAGUGCCAGCAGUGCUCCUGCACCCCAGAGGGCAUGAUCUGCGAAGACACCGAGUGUGCAGUGCCCGAGACCUGGACGCUAUGGUCUCCCUGGUCCAACUGCCCUGUGUCCUGUGGAGGUGGAAACCAGGUCCGAAUCCGGGCUUGCAGGGCUGCAGCCCCUCCCCACGGGAGCUCACCCUGCCUGGGCCCCGAUACCCAGACCCAGCCCUGUGGGCAGCAGCCUUGCCCGGGGUUGCUGGGGGCCUGUGCCUGGGGCCCAUGGGGGCCCUGCUCCCGCAGCUGUGGUCUGGGCUUGGCCUCUCGCUCUGGGUCCUGCCCCUGCCUGCUGGCUGAGGCCGACCCCGCCUGCAACGGCACCUUCCUCCACCUGGACAUGCGGGGCUGCUACCCAGGGCCCUGUCCGGAGGAGUGUGUGUGGAGCAGCUGGAGCAGCUGGACACGAUGCUCUUGCCGGGUGCUGGUGCAGCAGCGCUACCGACACCAGGGCCCAGCGUCCCAAGUGGCCAGGGCGGGAGCCCCCUGCACGCGGCUGGAUGGCCACUUCCGGCCUUGCCCCAUCGGCAACUGCUCUGAGGACAGCUGCACGCCUCCCUUUGAGUUCCAGGCCUGCGGCUCCCCCUGUGCUGGGCUCUGUGCCACACAGCUGAGCCGUCAGCUCUGCCAGGACCUGCCGCCCUGCCAGCCGGGAUGCUACUGCCCCAAGGGGCUGCUGGAGCAGGCUGGGGGCUGCAUUCCCCCAGAGCAGUGUAACUGCUGGCAUACCUCAGCAGAGGGAGCCCCAGUGACCCUGGCCCCCGGGGACCGCCUGCAGCUGGGCUGUAAGGAGUGUGAAUGCCAGCGUGGGGAGCUGCAGUGUACCAGCCAGGGCUGCCAAGGUCUUCUGCCUCUGAGUGAGUGGUCCGAGUGGUCGCCGUGUGGGCCCUGCCUGCCGCCCAGCGCCCUGGCCCCUGCCUCCAGAAGUGCCCUACAGGAACGCUGGCUCCGGGACCCAACCGGCCUCUCCCCCACCUCUGCCCCGGUGCUGGCUUCAGAGCAGCACCGCCACCGGCUCUGUCUGGAUCCUGCGACAGGGGGGCCCUGGACCGGGGCCCCUCACCUCUGCACUGCGCCCCUCAGCCAGCAGCGCCUGUGCCCUGACCCUGGAGCCUGCCCUGACUCAUGCCGGUGGAGUCCGUGGGGGCCGUGGAGCUCCUGCCAGGUCCCCUGCAGUGGGGGGUUCAGGCUACGCUGGAGAGAGGCAGGGGCCCCCCAUGGAGGAGGCUGCCGGGGACCAUGGGCUCAGACAGAAAGCUGCAACAGAGGGCCCUGCCCAGGCGAGAGCUGUGAGGCCCGAGACACUGUACUCACCAUCGACUGUGCCAACCGGUGCCCACGCAGCUGUGUCGACCUCUGGGACCGCGUUCAGUGUCUGCAGGGACCCUGCCGCCCAGGCUGCCGCUGUCCCCCAGGCCAGCUGGUCCAGGACGGGCGCUGUGUGCCAAUCUCCUCUUGCCGCUGUGGCCUCCCCAGUGCCAAUGCCUCUUGGGAGCUGGCCCCAGCCCAGGUGGUGCAGUUGGACUGCAAAAACUGCACCUGUGUCAACGGGUCCCUGGUGUGCCCACACCAGGAGUGUCCAGACCUUGGGCCUUGGUCAGCUUGGAGCAACUGCUCGGCCCCCUGUGGUGGGGGCACUAUGGCACGACAUCGGAGCUGCAAGGGGGGUCCUGGGGUAGCAGCAUGCCAGGCCCAGGACACAGAGCAGCGGCGGGAGUGUAACCUGCAGCCCUGCCCUGAGUGCCCCCCUGGCCAGGUGCUUAGCGCCUGUGCCACCUCCUGCCCACGCCUCUGCUGGCAUCUGCAGCCUGGUGCCAUCUGUGUGCAGGAGCCCUGCCAGCCUGGCUGUGGCUGCUCUGGAGGGCAGCUGCUGCACCACGGCACAUGCGUGUCCCCUGCUGCCUGCCCCUGCACCCAGCAUUCUCUGCCCUGGGGCCACACCCUGACCCCAGAAGAGCAGGCCCAGGAGCUGCCCCCAGGGACUGUGCUCACCCAGAACUGCACCCGCUGCGUCUGCCGCAGUGGAGCCUUCAGCUGCUCCCUCGUCGACUGUCAGGAGUGCCCCCCUGGGGAAACAUGGCAGCAGGUGGCCCCAGGGGAGCUGGGGCUCUGCGAGCAGACGUGCCAGGAGAUGAACGCCACAGAGACCCCAGGCAACUGCAGCUCGGCUCGAGCUUCAGGCUGUGUGUGCCAGCCUGGGCACUUCCGAAGCCAGGCGGGCCCCUGCGUCCCCAGAGACCGUUGCGAGUGCUGGCACCUGGGGCGGCCCCACCUGCCUGGAUCUGAAUGGCAGGAGGCCUGUGAGAGCUGCGUCUGCCUCAGUGGGAGUCCUGUCUGCACCCAGCGCUGCUCCCCGCUCACCUGCACUCAGGGUGAGGAGAUGGUGCUGGAGCCAGGGAGCUGCUGUCCCUCUUGCCACCGGGAGACUCUGGAGGAGCAGAUGCCCUCCUGCCAGCUCCUCACGGAGCUUCGAAACCUCACCAAGGGGCUCUGCUACCUGGACCAGGUAGAAGUGAACUACUGCAGUGGGCACUGCCCAUCCAGCACCCACGUCAUGCCAGAGGAGCCAUACCUGCAGAGCCAGUGUGACUGCUGCAGCUACCGCCUAGACCCGGAGAGUCCCGUGCGGAUCUUGAGCCUGCGCUGUCCGGGUGGCCACGAGGAGCCCGUGGUGCUGCCAGUCAUCCACAGCUGCCAGUGCAGCUCCUGCCAGGGAGGUGACUUCUCAAAGCGCUAACAGGCUACGCUGGGUGAGUCCAUGGCCAUCACUCUUAUGACUAUGGGACUCAGUGGCACUGAACACUCUCCUACCUGCCCCCAGCUGGGGGUCCAUGACCUGACAUUAUUAGCAUCUUCCAAAUAAAGUGACAUUGGCAACAA